AUGGGAGACGACUACCCCACGCUGUUCCGUUCGGGACAGAUGAGCUUGAGGCAGUUCCUUAUCCUGACUGAAGUUGCCCAUGAUGCAGUCGCAGAGCUCGGUGAACUGGAAAAUGUUCAAUUGAAGGACAACUCAAGGUCUACUAGUCAUGAGGAAGCUUCGUCAACUUUUGAUUCAGAGCUGUUGUCGCUGUCCCAGUCAGAACUUGCUUCUCCGAAUACCGUGGUUGUUCCAUCUUAUACAGGCGAAGACGGCGAUCAUCAGCUCACUGAAGAGGUAACUGAGGACAAACUCAGGAGAGUGAGGCAUCAACUCGAACCUGGCAAUGUCAUUGAGGCUGUUAGCACUGUCUGCCGAGUAUCCGGUGUCGAUUCCUUUCUUGGCAUGUUGAUUUUCGGGCGUACCCACCUGUACAUGUUAGAAGGACUUGUGGAGAAUAGUGAAGGCGAAGUUAUUGAUGCAGGUGAUGCGCCGGAAGGAUUGUUCCUUAUAUCCGGAAGUGCUGUGGACGUUUGGAACUCGCAGUGGGCUCAACAAUGGUCAUUAGAGCAAGUUUCAGGCUUCUCUGACAGGAUGUUCCUUUUCCAGGAUGUAGGGUUCGAGAUCUUUUUCAAAGAUAGCCGCACACUGCUGGUUAUUUUCCUUGAUAAGUCACGUCGCCAAGUGGCUUCCCAGAUGCUUUUGUCGAUAGCCUUGAAAAUGAGGACAUCCGACCCCAGUUUGACACCUAGAUCUAUUACACCCAAAUCACUUUUGACAAGUAGAUCAUCCACUAGCGCAGUAGAAAAAGAACUCCAAUUGGCGCAACAACAGUGGCAGAACAGAGAGCUAAGCAAUUUUGGUUAUUUGAGUAUUCUCAAUCAACUGUCAGGACAUACCCCAAACGAUGCAACUCAAUACCCCGUUUUUCCUUGGGUUCUCAAUGAUUAUGUAUCGGAGGUACUAGAUCUUUCAUCUACUGAUGUGUUUAGAGAUCUCACUAAGCCUAUGGGAGUGUUGAUGGCUGAGCGUCGUGAGGCUGCGGAAACUCGCUAUACUAACUUGAGCAGUGUUGACGAAGAGCCAUUUCACUACGGAACACACUUCAGCUCAUCGAUGAUCAUUUGCCACUUCAAUAUUCGCAUGCAGCCAUUUACCAAUAUGUUCAAGACGCUACAGGGAGGAAACUGGGAUUUGCCCGACAGGCUUUUUGUUGAUAUCAGGAGAACAUAUUCUUCAGCGUCACAUGACAUCCGAGGGGAUGUGCGUGAAUUAAUACCCAAAUUCUUUACUUGCUCGGAAUUCCUCGAGAAUUCAUCAAAUCUCAACUUUGGUAUCUCUCAAGCUACCGGAGAACAGAUUCACAAUGUCAAACUGCCUGCGUGGGCAAAAGGAGACCCACUCCUGUUCAUCAUAAUACAUCGCUGUGUUCUUGAGGGCCAUUAUCUCAGCAAGAAUCUUCCUGCUUGGAUAGAUCUCAUAUGGGGAUGCAAGCAAUGGGACGUGGAUUCGGUGAACAUUUUUCACCCUCUCAGUUACGAAGGCGCAAUCGAUCUGGACAAGAUUACCAACGAUCUUGAGCGACAAGCUACUGUUGGAAUCAUCCACAAUUUCGGGCAGACUCCCAAGAAGCUCUUCACCUCACCACAUCCACCACGAAAUCUUGAAGGGUUCCUGAGUCUCCCUGUUACGAUAGCCCAUGGUGUCCCUGAGGAUGCACUUGCGUUAGCAAGAGAUUCCAAGCCUUUCAAAGGCAAGUGUCCCAUUUUUUUGCUUCAAACAGUUUGUGUCCUAAGGGGUAACCUGUACAUGAAUCACACGGAUAUCACAGAGCCCUUUGUUGAUCCUGCUACUGGCACUGAGACGCGCAAGAAUGUGUUCAUAAUUUUCGCGCAUGGUGACGCCUUACUUGCAAAGAUAUGGAAAGUGGCAGAGGGUAGUGAUCAGAACGCACAUCAUCGCAAGUCCAAGAAGGGAGAGGACAAGGGGUUGUUGAAAGAUGGGGGAUUCAUUGCGGAAGGAGAUGACCAACCUUACGUUCCUCAUAUCCCUCGACGGAGCAAGCACAGCGUUCAAAUGCACUCACUCAUUCUCUCGGACCCUGAACCCGAGUACCUUCGCCAACGCAAUCCGAAACCUCGACGGACACCCCGACACAUAAACAAAUGUCACUUCUCGAUCCUGCGAACCUCUCGUCUCCCCCAACAUCUCUGCAUUCCUCGCCGUCACCUGCUUGGCUUUGGUGAUGUGUGCGAUACAGGCCUAUUUUUGGACUUAACGCAUGUCCAAACAUCACAAAGGUACAACGUACCGCCAUUUGGGGUGCCAUUUUUGUUGUAUGUGAAGGAUCUUGGGAACUAA